GCUAAUGCGGCCCCAUUAUUUCAUCCGGGCAUUUUGGGGAUUCCCCUUGAAGAAGCGAAGGGAAGGGGACGUCAGGAGGAAAGCAGACUAUUUGGAAUCGAACCCAGCCUAGCCUAUGGUCUCUAGAGGAGGAAUAAUAAAAUACCCUUCCGUAUCCCCUCUGGAUUGGCGUUACGAUGUUGUCACAGUGAGGCUAAGCAGUACCUGACUGCGUAGUUUUGCACGCUAAUAACUACAUUGAUCUAGCGGUCAUUAAUUUGAUUUAAUCAGUGAAAAUGUACGUUAGCUCUACGUGAAGUUAGGGAGCUUUACAUUUUUAAUACUGGAAAUAAACGUUUCUUGUUUUUUGUGUGGCUUAACGGCUAAUAGGCUACUUAUUAACAUUAGAUGAGGGGGCGAUGUUCUUCAAGUUAAUGUUAACCCCUCCCGUUUUCGGUUUUCGUUUUUGACGUAACGUUAGCGUUAUUUGCCCUGUCACGGAUUCCCUACUGUUUUGCUGGAAUAAGCAGAGCUCAAAGACUGAAGACCAUGAAUGUGAAAGAGACUGAAAAGGGAUAUUGUGCUCUUAAAUUAUGAACUACAUAGUCAUAACUAUUUAUUUACUCCAGUUUUGUUGUCAUGGUCUGGCAAUUCUGCCUGCUCCUGUUAAUGUGACAGUGGAAUCUCACAACUUUGAGCACAACCUGCGAUGGGAUCCUGGGCCUGGAACACCCCCAGGAACCACCUACAGGGUCCGGUUCAGCUACUGCAGGAAUAAGCAGAAGUUACUGGAUGUCCAAAACUUCUCUGCGGUGGUGGUGAAACGCACCCUGCAGCAUUGUACUCGAGACGUCGAGGAUUUUGUUACCAUCGGAGUGCAAGCCGUACACCGUGGCAACAUGUCCGACUGGACCGAAAAGGAAUUCACCCCCUUUACAGACACUGUCUUAGGCCCACCUGAAGUCAAUGUGUCAGGCUGUGGUAACUGCCUUAACUUAACCAUCACGCUGCCCAGAGGAAAUGCAAAGAAGUCAAUUUCCCAGAUCUACAAAGUCUUCAAAUACCACAUUUCCUGGAAAAGAGAUGGAGAGAACAGGGUGUGGAAUAAGAGCACCGGGGAGAAUAGUCUGAUGCUGCAUCAUCUGGAGCAAGGGGUGAAGUACUGUGUGCAGGUAGACUUCCAGGUCAACACCAAUAAGCACACCCUGCCAUCUAAUUGGGUCUGUUCUUUCACUAGCCCCAGGAAGCAGAGCCCAGUCAUUCCCAUCCUGGCCUCUGUCUCCUGCCUUCUGGCUGUGGGAGGGCUGGGCCUGCUCAUCCUGUUCCACGUCGGGCUGCUGUGUAAACUGAAGACCCACCUGCCCAGAGUGAUGUCAUUGGUGGAAGCCCCUUAUUACUGCUACUUCAUUGUGGAAGAGAUCGUGCCCGACGCCGUCUCCUGUGAUGCCGAGGGCCGAGAGAAGGCGGCACAGCGUCGGAGGGAAGUCUCCGAUGAUGAAGAGGAGGAGGAUGAAGAAGAGGAGGACCCCAGUGCUGACGACGGCUAUGAGAACCACAUGGCACGCUCCUUCAAGGGCUCGAGCUCCGACACCGCGUCCCGCAAUACAACGGGCUCCAUGUCUACGGCUACCACCGCCCUCUCCACCGCCGAGAACUCUGGGAACUCUGGGAACUCUGGGAACUCCGGGAACACCGGUGUGGUGGCUGAAGAGCCGCAGUGGGCAGAACCGCCUGGAGGAGAUGAGAUUCCGGGUUCGAGCGAGGGAGGCGAAGAACGACAGGAAUCUGAGGGCGAAGCAGUGGAUAGGGACACAGACUCGGGCGGGGACGUGAACCUGCUGUCUGUGACGCUGGGGGUGCCGGACGACCGGGGCGGGGCAGAGGAAACGGGCGAGCCUCAGUGCUGGCUGGCACCGCUUCUCCGCACAGGAAGUGGAGACGGGCCGGCGAGGUUGGGUGAGGCACAUGCAGACACCCGGGCUGACAGCCCCGAACCCAUGCAUGCUGCCACCCUACCCACACUCCCAGACUGUGGACAAACGGGCACACACUACUUGCACACACGCACAAACUGGAAAGAGGAAGAAGAGGAAGAUGAGGAAGAUGAGGAGUUUUCAGGCUACAUGAUGCGUUAGCUCUCGCAAAACUCUCCUGCUGUUGUGCUCGGUUCACUGCGUGAGCGCAUCAAAAGUGCAAGGUUCGCCCAGUCAAAGGACGGGAAUGACUUUAUACUGCGCCACGCACACAUUCCACCCCAAAACCAGUGCAGAGAAAGUGCCAGCUGCGUAUGGCACAUGACUCUCAGUCAGGCCUCCCUCCCCGCCGCAUUAGAGGAAGUGAAAACGCAUUUCAAAAAAAGACAAGUGGCAUUGCGCUGGUUGGGGUGACGGAGCCGGCUCCGCUCUCUUACAGAUGCGAAUAACACGGAAGCUCCUCGGCUUGCUGCGGUCCGGAGAAAUCUCACCGUAAAGGACCCAAAAGUUUCUAACGCAGGCCUCUAAGCGACCACAGUGGAGCUGUACUUUGACUUAACAGUAUACUUAUGCCUUUCAUAAAGGGAUACAUUUCAUAUUAGUUCUUGUUGCAUUCCAUUAUUGAUGAAUGUUGGUGUUUUUCCCCCCCCUUCAGCAGGCCCUAUAGGAUUUACUCUUAGUUGCCAAGGGAAAUAAAUUUCAAGCUGGACAGAUAUCUGAUUAUUCUACAAGGUUUCAAGUUAUCUAUGUGAUCACUUUUGCACUUGGAACAGUGCACUUGUCCCUGUCUUCGAUUUGCACUUUAUUGUACGGCACUCUGGAUAAGUGUGUCUGCUAAAUGGCUGUAAUGUAAUUUUUUUCAUGGCUUUUAUCUCAUUUGUCUUAUUUUGUGCAGAUCAUCUUCUCAGUACUUUAAAAGUGCUUUUAUUGAUUGUGUGUUUAGUUAAUUUUGGACAUUCACUUAUUAAUGACUGUGCAACCCCAUUGUCCCACAAAAUGGCAAAAAUUAAGAUCUGGGCUUAAUUGCUUGUAUUGCAACAAUUGUAACAAAAUGUGCUGUCAUCAACAUCUAAUGUUUGUAUUUUUGUGUAACACACACAUUUUCUUUUGAGAAGGGCACAGAAUGAGAUUAGUUGACUUUCUUGUGGCAGUGACCUGAAUAGUGUGUUUGAAUUUAAAGUAUAGCUUUGGGGGGAGGAAUCAGCCUUUUCAAAUCUUGCUUGUGUGCAUUUCUAAUGUGGAUAUCCAAUUGCACAUUUUUGUUUACAAAAGUCUAUAAAUAAAUGAUAGACACCUUG